AGAGAGAGAGGGAGAGAAGGAGGGAGAGGCAGGGAGCAGCAGGGAGUAGACAUAUGCACAACGGCAGAUAAGGGGCCAAGGACGUCGAUCGCGGUCUCUCUCUUCAUAAGCCGGAGGUGUCUUGCACUGGGUUUCCUCAACACCUGCUCCUCAGAGACAACACAUUUCUCAUUGCCGAAGACAGCAGUGCGAUAUCCCCCUUUACGAUCAAGAUGUCGCCGUCGUCGGAUGAGCCGCACCAGGCGUUGGGGUGGAAAGACCACUGGAAGGCCAUGAUCGCCAUGGCCGUCGUGUCCCUCGGCGCCUUCCAAUACGGCAUCGACUUUGGCAUCAUCGGCGGUCUCCAGGCCAUGGUCCCGUUCCUGCAGGUCUUCGGAGUCGAAGACCCGUCGACGCCUCUAGGCUACAACAUACCGCCAGACCGGCAGCAGCUCAUCGCGUCCCUGAUGGUCCUCGGCGCCUUCAUCUCGUCGUCGUCUGCCGGCUUCACGGCGAAGUGGGUGGGCCGCAAGCUGUCCCUGUGGAUAGCAGCGGUCGCCGUCUUCGCGUCGACCGCGCUCAUGCAAACCAGCACGGACAUCGGAGGCCUGUACGCGGGAAGAGUCAUCAUCGGACUCGCGAACGGCCUGCUGAUGACACAUUCCCAGCUCUAUGUCGCGAACGCCUUCAAACCCCCUUUCUCGAGAGCCGAUCGCGCCAGCAUUGUGGAUAUCUAUCUAGAUUUUCACUAUUACAAGGCAGACACGGUUGUCAAACAUAUCCAGGAAAGUCUCCCUAGCCGGUACCGAGGCCUAGGCAUCUCCUUUGUCACGUACUGCACUUCCUUCGGCUCGCUCAUCGGGACGAUCGUGGACAACUUCGGGGCGAAGCUGCCGGACCGGCGCGCGUACGUGAUUCCGCUGGGGAUCGUACACAUCGUGCCGGGGUUGAUGAGCAUCGGGCUGUUCUUCGUGCCGGAGUCGCCGCGCUGGCUCGCCGCCCGCGGCGACCUCGUCAAGGCCGCCACCGCCCUGCGCUGGCUGCGCCCCGCCGCCUGGCCCGUCGACCGCGAGCUCGCCGACAUGCAGGCCGCCCUCGACGCCGAGGCCAGCCUCGGCUCCGGCCUCGGCUACGCCAGCCUCUUCAAGACCCCCGUCGACCGCCGCCGCACCAUCAUCGCCGUCUCUGCCCUCACCAGCCAGGCCGCCUCCGGCGCCAUAUUCAUCUUAUCGUACGGGACGUACUUCUUCGAGAUGGCGCACGUGGGCAACGCGUUCGAGAACACGUGCAUCCUGGUGGGGGUCGGGGCGGCGGCGCUGCUCGCGACGUCGUUGCUCAUCACCAAGUUCGGCCGGCGGCGGCGCAUGAUGAUCGCCGGCUUCGCGCUGUGCGGCGCCGCGCAGCUCGCCAUCGCCAUCGUCUACACCGUCCGCCCCAACGCCCAGAGCUCCGGCAGGGCCCUCGUCGGCCUCAGCGUCGUCUACCUCUUCGCCUACAACUCCCUGAUCGCCCCCUACGCCUGGCUCUGCGGCGGCGAGCUCUCCUCCCAGCGCCUCCGCUCCCACACCUUCGGCCUCGCUACCGGCCUCGGCUUCUUCUCUGCUUGGCUCACCACAUUCACGGCACCCUACUUCAUCAACCCCGACUCGCUCAACUGGGGGCCCAAGUACGGGUACAUCUGGACGGGCGCGUGCUUCGUCACCGCGUUCUGGGUCUACUUCUACCUGCCCGAGGUCAAAGACCGGUCGCUGGAGGAGAUCGACGAGAUGUUCGAAGCCCGCGUCCCCGCCCGCAAGUUCGCCAAGUAUCGCUGCACGGGCGCGCACGUCAGCGGCGAGAAGCCCUUGCCCGAGGACGUCGACGAGGAGGCCGACGGCGGCGCCGAGAAAGGCGCGAAGGAGUAG